AUGGCAUCUCCGGCCGACAUCGAAGCCAACAAUGGCGACCUCAAGACCGCCAACGGUAAUGCCAAUGGAAAUGACCUCCUGUCCGCGAACCCAACAGGUGCCGACAGCGAGAAAAAGCCGGCGACCAGGACUUCGCUCUGGUCACAGUCCGUCUCGGCCAGAUACGCAGACAUCCUCUGUCUCGUUCUCUGCUUCAUCACCGGUCUCUGCGACUCUGCCGCCUACAAUGCCUGGUCUUGUUUCCUGGCCAUGCAAACAGGAAACACAAUCUUCCUCGGCCUAGGCGCCUCAAACCUCCCAUCCGGCAAACCAUGGGGUUGGCUCAAAUCGCUCGUCUCCAUUGUCACCUUCUUCAUCGGCGCGCUGCUCUUCUCGCUCUACGGCCGCAACAUCGGGCCCAAGAAGCGCGUUACCCUGUUCACCUCGUUCCUGUUCCAGGCCAUCCUGGUCAUCAUCGCAGUCGCGCUGAUAGAGGGGGACCUGAUCCCGCACACGCAGGCCGAAGCAGCGUCCUUGACCGGCGGGAAGCUGUUUCUGGAACUUAUCCCCAUUGCGCUGCUGGCGUUCCAGUCUGCCGGGUCGAUGACUGCGGCGCGUGGGCUGGGGUUCAAUGAGAUUCCGACGGUGGUGUUGACGAGUGUUUACUUUGAUGUUGCGAGUGAUCCGAAGAUUGUCCAGGAUGUUCGGGGCAAUGUGAAGCGGAAUCGGCGCGUGGGGAGUGUGGUUUCUUUGCUGAUUGGGGCGAUUGUGGGGGGUUGGUUGAGUAGGAGUCGUGGGGGGAUGGAGAGUGCGUUGUGGCUUAGUGCGGGUUUGAAGGUGGUUAUUUCUUUUGGGUGGUUGGUGUGGUUUUCCGAGUAA